AUGGCAGCCCGCGCUGGCCCCGCGGCCCCGCCCCGUCCCCUGAGCCCUGCGGCGUCCCUGAGGGCGAGGCAGAGGAGGUGUCUGUCACACGGGGGACUCGGAGAGUUGUCCUCCUUUGACGUGACCGUGGUGGAGCUGGAGGAGAGCAUACCAGGCUUCCUCCCCCCGUGCCUGGCAGACACCUUCCUCCCAGGAGAAGAGGUGAGCGUGGUGGGCUUCGGUGCCCUGGGGCGGGCGUGCGGUCCCUCGGUGACAGCGGGGAUCCUCUCGGCCGUGGUGGCAGUGGAGGGGCAGCCGGUGAUGCUGCAGACCACCUGCGCCGUGCACGGGGGCUCCAGCGGUGGCCCCCUCCUCUCCUCCCGCAGCGGGUGCCUCAUGGGGAUUGUGGCCAGAAACACCCGGGACAACGGUGCGGGGGCCACCUACCCCCACCUCAGCUUCUGCAUCCCCAUCACGGUCCUGCAGCCCCUGGUGGUGCGGUACCGUCGCACCCGUGACCCCGGUGCCUUCGCCGGGCUCAACUGCGCGGCACAGGGGGUGCGGGCAGCCUGGAAGCUCCAGCAGCAGCCAGGACCCCCCAGCAAGCUCCGACCCCCCCAUCCCUGGGGGCUUGUGCUGUGGACCGAGGUACCAGGGGCCAAGGUGCCAGGGGUGGAGCUGCCAUGGCCCCUCUUCACUGUGGGGCCCGAGCGCCUGGACCCCGCAGAGCCGGUGGAGGGUGGACAUUCUGGGGCGGGGGACACCACACAGUGCCUUUGCCAGCUGCUGACAGGCCCAAAUUGGGGUGUUUGUAUUGUUUUAGUUUCUCCCCGGAGCCAUAAAUGCUGUGAGUUGAGGCCCUGGUGUCCCGUGGUGCUGAGCGGCUGUGGGGGGUGGUGGUGGUGGUCUUGA